AUGAUACCUGUCCUGCUGUCCCUGUCUCUCCUUCUGGGUACUACAGUACCCCAGGACACCCAAGCUGGUCCUUACUCACUGACCUUUCUGUACACUGGGCUGUCCAGGCCCAGUAAAGGCCUCCCCAAGUUUCAGGCCAUUGCUUUCCUCAAUGACCAGGCCUUCUUCCAUUAUGAUAGUGAGAGCAAAAAGGCAGAGCCCUUGGAACCAUGGAGCCAGGUUGAAGGAAUGGAGGACUGGGAGAAGGAGAGUCAACUUCAGAAUGCCAGGGAGGAAAUCUUCCUGGUGACCCUGAAAGACAUCAUGGACUAUUACAACGACAGUAAAGGGUCUCACACCUUCCAGGGAAUGUUUGGUUGUGAUCUCUGGAGUAACGGAAGCACUGGAGCUUACUGGAAGUAUGCCUAUGAUGGACGGGACUUCAUAAAAUUCAACAAAGAAAUCCCAACGUGGGUCCCCUUGGAUCCAGCAGCCCUGCAAACCAAGAAGAAGUGGGAGGCAGAAAAAGUCUAUGUACAGCGAGCCAAGGCAUACCUGGAGGAGGAGUGUCCUGGGAUGCUGCAGAGGUACCUGAACCUCAGCAAGACCCACCUGGACAGACAAGCCCCUCCCUCUGUGUCAGUCACCAGCCAUGUGGUCCCAGGAGGAAAGAGGACACUCCAAUGCCUGGCCUAUAACUUCUACCCACAAGGAAUUAGCCUACAGUGGAACAAAGCCAACAAGGUGUCGGAGUCUGAAUCAGCAGAAAGUGUUCUUCCCAGUGGAGAUGGCACUUACCAGUCCUGGGUGGUAGCAGAAGUAUCCCAUCAGGACAGAGCCCCCCAUUUCUGCCACGUGAAGCACAGUGGGCUGUCCCAGCCCCUCAAAGUGAAGUGGGAUGAGAGGCAAAAAGCCCAGGUGGAAGGUAAUGUGGCACCUCAGCCUCAAUGA